UUCGCCCACCAACAAAUAAGACUUCACAGGCACACCUACUUUCCGAGGUUUUUCAUAAUACAACCGCAUUCAAAACCAGAACCCGUCAUGAAGGGCCCCGGGAAAGCGAACGCAGUGUCGCAUCCGUACUACCCCGUGAACGCAGCGUUGCCGCACUACGCUGCCAACGAGACCCCCCUUGUCACGCUGCUUGUCACCUUCGCAGCCACCAUCGCCAGCGUCGUCAUCGUCACCGUCGUGGCCGCCAGGAGGACUCAUACCAAGAUGGCUUUCCUAGAUCAGCUCAGCGUAGCUUGGUUCGCGUUAUGCGGAUUUCUGCACUGCGUCUUCGAGGGGUACUUCGUCUGGAAUCACCGGCGUCUCGCGGGAAUGCAGACGCUCUUUGCCCAGCUCUGGAAGGAGUACGCACUCUCCGACUCGCGCUACCUGACCUCGGAUCCGUUCAUGCUUUGUGUCGAGUCCUUCACGGUCGUCAUAUGGGGGCCCCUCAGCUGGGCCAUCGUCGUCGCCCUCGCCCGGGGAAGCCAUAUGCGCCAUCCCCUGCAGAUCGUCAUGUGUGUCGGGCACCUGUACGGCGUCGUACUCUACUACUCGACCAGCUUGACCGAGCUCUACAUCACUGGCGUCUCGCACAGUAGGGGCGAAUUCUUGUACUUCUGGGUCUACUACAUCGGCUUCAACGCGCCCUGGGUCGUGGUUCCCGCCAUACUUCUCUUCCAGAGCGUAAAGCAAAUAAAGAACCGUCUCGACGACUGUGACGCCAAUGCGGAUCCGGUAACUAUGGAUAAGGCAGCGGCGGUCACACAAUGAGUUUACGCUACCAUGAUCGGUGCUGCAGCCCUGUUCUCCAAGACAGACAGGUGCUCUCUUAACUUGCUUCCCCAAGAAUCGUAAGUGAGAUUAAAAGUAGUUCGAUGUCCAAUAAGAAGGUGGUGAACAGAUAUUGGUGAGAUUGCGGCGGACAAAAUGUGGAAGUGGCCCCUCAAAGCGGCUUCAUAGUGUGUGGUAUUGGGACUGAACAAGCAAAGACCUCUCGUAGCGCAGUCGACCAAACCCCCCGGCCAGCACAAAAAAAAACCCCCCUUCCAUAACUUCAAGAUUAUUCGCAAUCAGCCCGCAGAUGGUGCUGAGAAGACUUGCCUCCGAAACGCACGCAAUCACCGCAACAUACCU